AUGGACCUAAACACGAUCUCGCGUUUUUUGUCUACAAUCCGAAGCCUUCCAACAUUAAUUCUGAAUAAAAGUUGUCGCGUAGGCUUUUCGUGUCGGUUCGAAGGAAAAAUUCGUCGCGAGUUCACCGCUCCGCUGCACAUGGCCGAGGCGGUGCAGGGCAUGACGGGGAAGCUGGAGUGCAACAUCACGUCUCCGAUCGCCGGCGACCGGGCGAUCCUGGUCAUUUGGUACAAGGGUGGACAGACGAUACCGCUGUACACUUUCGAUGCCCGAGAUACCCGUGAAGGAUCGCACCGGAGUUCCAAUUCGUCGUUCGAUGGAAGGGCUAGCUUCUACCCGAAUCGGCUGCCGGCAACGUUGGAGAUCCGGCAGACCAAAAGCUCCGACAGUGGGGUGUACCGGUGCCGGGUGGAUUUCCACAAGAGCCCCACCCGGAACACCCGGGUGCAGCUGUCCGUGAUAAUUCCACCGGAAAAGCUACAGAUCGUGGAUUCGGGCGGCCACAGCAUCCCCCACUACAUCCUGGGACCGUACAACGAAGGUGCCUCCGUAAACUUCACCUGCGUGGCAAGUGGCGGUCGCCCAACACCCACCGUAAACUGGUGGUACGACAACGAAAUAGUGAACCACUCCUCCACCAUCCUGUCGGAGCGGCGAGUGAAAAACACUCUGAUCUUGAACCGCCUCGAGCGGAAACACCUGAAGGCCAUCUUCACCUGUACGGCGUCGAACAACAAUGUUACGAAUCCCAUUUCGGCGUCCGUAACCUUGGACAUGAACCUGCGUCCCCUGCUGGUGAGACUGCAGGGCAAGAACCGGUCACUGUCCGCGAACCACACGUACGAUCUGCAGUGCGAAGUGCACGGAUCCCGGCCGGCACCCAUCAUCACCUGGUGGAAGGGAAGCACCCAAAUGCGCGGUCAUCACGAGACGACCGAUCCGGAGGGGAACCUGACGGUGUCUAUUUUGACGUUUCGGCCCACGAUCAACGACCAGGGCAAGUAUCUGUCCUGCCGGGCGGAGAUGGCCGUCAUUCCGGAUGCUGGCAAGGAGGACGGAUGGAAGCUGGAGAUAUAUCACGUUCCGGUGGUGACUCUGGAGUACGGCACCAACUACAACUACACUUCGUCGAUCCGGGAGGGCGCCGACGUCUACUUCGAGUGCAACAUCAAGUCCAACCCGUGGGUGUACAAAGUAAUUUGGCGGCAUCAAGGCAGAGAACUGCUAAACAACCCGUCGGAAGGUAUAAUCGUGUCCAACCAAAGCCUGGUGCUGCAGAACGUGAGCCGCUCGAGAGCUGGCCUGUAUACUUGCGUCGGAAGCAACCGAGAGGGCGACGGCGAGAGCAAUCCGGUCCAUCUGGAUAUUAAGUUUGCACCCGUCUGCCGUCCGGGACUGGUUACGACAUACAACGUGGGUCGGUACGAGCAGGCCAAAAUUUCCUGCGAACUGGAAGCUAACCCGACCGAUGUAACCUUCGUCUGGAAGCACAACACUUCGGUGUCGGAAACGCUGGACAUCCCCUCGACGCACGUCAGCAGCGAACAGGCGAAGAGUAUCUUCCGUUUCAAGCCAAUCAGCGAGAGUGACUAUGGAACCCUGCUAUGCUGGGGCAGCAACGAAAUAGGAACUCAAACCGAACCCUGUGUGUUCAAUCUCAUCCCAGCGGGUAAACCCGAUCCACUAUCCAACUGUACCAUCCUGAAUCAAACCUUUGACAUGCUUCAAAUCGAAUGUCUCGAAGGUUUCGACGGUGGCCUGCACCAGGAGUUUCUGGCGGAGAUGUACGUCAUUGGAAACCGCCAACUGAUUGGUUCAAUUAAAACUAGGGUUCCAAUUUUUGAGCUGAAAGGACUGGAGCCGGGAGUCGGUUAUAACAUAUUUCUAUCGGCCAAAAAUUCUAAAGGGGCAAGCGAGCCGACCUAUCUGCAGGCCUUUACUUUGAAGAAUCCGGAAAAGCAAACUGAUCUGUCCCUGGUGUACGCUCCGACACUGCACCAGAUCAAGCCAUUUAUCGGCACACUGCUGGGCGUGGUGGCGGCCAUCAUCUCCAUCGCAUCCAUCAUCGUGAUGGUCACUCGGUUGCGCGGCUCCGCUGGCCGGGAUCGGGACUGUAGCAAUAUGUCCACGAACGAUGCAUCCGGCAUCAGUCAAUCGCUGCCGACGGAUGGGGAGCUGGUUCGGGAGCAGCAGUGCAACGGUAGCAUCGACAGCAUCGAGAAGAACCCGGACAUCAUACCGCAAGGGAAACUUCCGCACCUGCUGGAAGAAGAUGAAAAAGCCUUCGAGUGGCUCAACAGCAGCACCCAUCCGCGGCUGUACGCGACAGCGGCACUGGCCGAGCAGCAGCACCAACAGGUGGGCGGAGGAGGAGGAGGAGGAAUGAUGGGACCACCGGGGGUGGGCCCCCUUGCCACCUACGACAGCCGGGCGUUCUAUGCGACGAUGCGCGACGGUGCCUGUAUGCAGCAGAACGUCUACCCAACGAUGCUGGCCGAUAAUCAAAAUUACAUCCCGGUGCACAGCGGCAUCAUCCCCACACCGGUGAUAGGCGGUUACGGGAGCGACAGUCACAAACACGACCUAACGUACGCCGACCUAACAACGAUGGCCGGUGGUGCCGGUCCCGGCAGUGGUCCGAUACCGCACAAGCAGCAGAUGUACGUGAGUGCAACCCUCGGCAGACCCCGGCAAUCGGACAUCAAACGGAGUGAACCAACGAUCUAUGCGCAGAUUGAUUUGGCACACCAUCCAUCGGUACACUCAACGAAUUUGGUUUAUACAAAUACCCGGGCCGGCAUUCCAAUUUCGCACACUGGCCACCAACAGCAGCAACAACAGCAACAUCAACACCAAUACCAGCAGCAACAUCAUCAGCCAGCGACGUCCCUCGGGAUGAUGGUUCCAACUCCCACCUCGGCGGCUGUUAGCCUCACGGAACGAUUCCCUCCACCACCGCUCUUUGCUGGUCACGUACCCGUCAGCAAUCCAUCACUCUGUUCAAAUGAAGCGCCCUCCAGCCUGCUGCAAACCGUACCGGAGCUGCAACCGCUCUGCAGUACACCCGACUCGGUUGCCUCCUCCGGACCGUCCUCCGCCACCAGCGAUCGGAUGCUGCACAAUGCAACCCGUUUUUGAUAGGAAGUCCGCGCUCAGGUACCUCCCAGCCAUUGAUGCAAGACCCCACCCCGCGAACCAGCGGCAAUGUCGUCUAUAAUACUGCCCCCAUCAGCAAAAGUAGUGGCCACGCGCUGCUGUAAUGAAAUAUGUAAUAUCGUAGUGAAUGGGGAAUCAGGGGUAAGUUAGGUGGCAGCUUCGAUCUCUUCCACUUUCUACCAGAGGGGACCGAAUGCUUCCCAUCCCGAGAACCGAAAGUUUCGAAAAGAAGUUUUGGACUAAAGCGGUAACUUUAAAUCUACUUAUACUAAACCUAUACAUUCGAUCUACCACUCAACUGAAAUCUUCUACUAAAGCAAAACCAUCAACUAAUAAGAAACUGAAAAGAAUAUUUUAGGUAAGUAAUGAAAGAAAAGAUUUUCGUCACAGACGAAGCUAGUUUUGUUAUGUAAAUAUGGUUGAACCUUCAGGGGAGCCGAAGUAACGAAAAAUAUUGAAACAGAUGAGAUGUAAUAAUUUUUUAUAUAUAGUAACAACAGCAACCAAAACUAGAACUAUUUAGGUUAACGUAAACGAAAGGCAGAACAUACAAACGAGGAAACUAUUCAAUUUUCAAUCAAAAGAAUCAUCCAAGGUAAGCAGACAGCUAGUUAUGUCGGAAAGUUGUACAUAGUUCAGGAUCCAUUUUUGAAUAGAUAUAAUCCGAACGAAAAACUAAUCAAAACCUAAAAAAAUGAGAUGUAAAAAAGAGUAACAGUGUGUAAGACGGUAUGUUAACAAACCCAACAGUAUAAAAUACAUAAGUGGAAGGUAAAGAAAAAGAAAACUUAGCCAUUUCGGAAGAUUGUUUUUUGUUUUCCACGAAACAUUUUGUGUGAGAAGUAUUACCAUAUAGGUGGAGGCGAAAAUACGUUCAAAUUUGUAAAAAAAAUAUGUCCUUACAAGCAGUAAAGGUGCGCAGGAAUGAAAAAUACAGUAACUAGUGAAGGUAAACCAAGCAGAGGAAAUUCUAAUGUUUGUUAUAAAGAUCCGUUGGAAAUAUGUAAAGUAAGCAAGCCAAGGUCAAGGGGAAACCGCGAAUAAAUAUAAAAUGCAGGGAUUAUUUAUCGAA